AUCAUUCUCAUCAAUAAGCUAUGGCUACUCUCCAAAUCUCUUCUUCUUCUCUUUUCAGAUAUUUCUUUCUAACGCUUUGUCUCUUCGCAAUCCCAUCUCUCUCAUCUGAUUCUGAUCCUUUACAAGACUUCUGCGUCGGCGAUCUCAAAGCUUCUCCUUCCAUCAAUGGCUUCCCUUGCAAAUCAUCCGUCUCGGCUUCUGACUUCUUCUUCUCCGGCUUAGGUGGUCCCUUAAACACCUCGAACGCUAACGGUGUGUCUGUUGCUCCCGCCAACGUCCUAACGUUUCCGGGUCUAAACACUUUAGGACUCUCGAUGAACAACGUUGAAUUCGCUCCAGGCGGUGUAAAUCCGCCACACUCGCACCCGCGUGCAACCGAAGCAGGAAUUGUGAUCGAAGGCUCGGUCUUUGUCGGGUUCUUGACUACUAACAACACUCUGUUCUCGAAGGUUUUGAAUGCCGGAGAGAUGUUUGUUGUCCCUAGAGGAUUGGUUCAUUUCCAAUGGAACGUUGGUAAAGUGAAAGCGCGUUUGAUAACGUCUUUUAACAGUCAGCUUCCAGGAUCGGCUGUUUUGCCUAGUACUCUGUUUGGCUCAAACCCUACGAUUCCAAAUGCGGUUUUGACCAAAACGUUUAGGACUGAUGAUGUUACUGUGAACAAACUCAAGUCCAAGUUUGCUGUUUGAAUCUUUUGAUUUAUGUUUUCUCAAAUGAUAUUUUCUUAAUUCGAUUUUAUAGCAAUAACUUAUGUGUAACAACUGGUAUGAAAAGAAAAAAACAUUAAUAAGAUUCAUUUCUUUCU